AUGCUUAUGUACCCACGUAAGGGUCUCAUCACCGAUCCAUACAACUCAGAGGACAUCAUCAUACAAGACGACCAGUACCCACCUGAUUUCUAUUCCGAGAACGCCUUGCACUACGAUCAAUCUCGUUUGCAAUCACCGUUCCAGUGCCACCCCAGUGUACAGCUUUCCCCGCCAUCUUCCGCACCUUCCUCGCCUACUUUCUCCUCUCCGACUUUCUCGACUUCUUACCCGCAGACGUCUGACUGUCAGUCUUUCGGGGCUCCUUCGAUGACCCCGGCGUCUUCAUAUAACCCGUCGUACGACAUUCAGGGUUCCAAUUCACCUUCGCCCUACUUGCAUCAAUAUCCUCAGCAAUAUUAUACGCCGAUGCUGGUACAACAGCCUCUCGCCGGUAACCAGGGUUGGGACAGCAACCUACAGUUGUUGAGCCCCGCGCGCAUCCCAUACGCCGGUGUACAAAAGAGAUCUUCGCCCUCAGCAUCCUCGCGUUCAGCGCCCUCAGGCUUGGCACCCAACAACUACCACCGCCGUUCCAGCAGCGCCAACAAGCCCCUGCCCACCCCAGUGCAAACCCCGGUCCAGAACUCAUUCCUUGCGACUCCCUUCCAAAGUUUCGAUCCCUCCUCCCACGAUGGUCACAAUACCGAGGCCGAGUCUGCGAUGAGAAAAGCGAUCAUGGACCAACAGAAGCAGUCACCCCCGCAGCAAAUGCAGAAUGACUACUCACUGGCUCCAUCGGUGUCAACAAUGAGCCAUAACUCGCCGGUGACUCCGCAGACUACCCUCGACGAACUCGACGACGCAUCCAAGUCGAUGACCAAUGGUGAGAAUCGAAUUCCUGAUAUUGAUAGGUGGAUGGACCAAUACUUACGUUUCGACGCACCUCCAGAAUAUAAUAGCGCCAAUGGUGCCAUGUCAAUUGGAGUCCCCAAGCUGAACAGAACCAUUUCCGAUAUAUACCAAGACGAAUUAUAUAACCCCACCAUCAUGGCUGCACCUCAGGUGUCCAAGCCGAUGGGACAAAACCACCUCAACCCGCGCAAUUUCAUUGCCGAUCGUCUGCAAGCUGCCAACCAAGGACAUCUGUCUGCUCGCUCCCAAUCGCCUGCCAACCGACGGGAUCGCUCACCAUUCCGUACCUCUUCUCCAUUCGCCGGUGAUAUGGGCAACAACGCUCUCCAGCAGCCCCAGAUGGCUAGCAGCAUCCCCAUGGGACAGAACUCUAUGAACGGAAUGAACAUGGGCCAGACCUCGAACACUGGAGAUAUUAAGACUAUGUCCCCCAAGGAUGCAGUCUUGGAUUUCCAAGACAACGACGAUGCCAUGCCUCCUCUGUUUCCCCCGGGUCAGGCUGAUUUCAACCUGGGUGAUGCGCUUGGCUUGCGACGCGAUAGUGGCUCAAUGCGACCGAUGGAAGCAUUCCCCCAAUACUCAGUACCCAGCAUGGCCCAGCCACAAUUCGCAUUUUCCGAACCUCAGAUGCAUCGCCCUCAGAGUCAUGUCUUGCAACAGAGUACCGAGUUCCCUUCGCUUCCAGCGGUGGAAUCUACCGAGAGCUCACCUCCAAGCCAAAUGAAUAUGUCAAUUACGGAGGGUAUUCCCCGUCCCGGCAACACAUCUUCGGAUGCGGGCACCUACACUUGCACCUAUCACAACUGCACCGACCGCUUCGACUCUCCCUCCAGACUCCAGCGACACAAGCGCGAGGCACACCGGCAAACAACACCGGGAGGCCACCUUGUUAGUCGCGACACCUCGCUCCGCAACUCUCAGGCUGGCCCGCACAAGUGCGAACGCAUCAACCCGUCUACAGGCAAAGCAUGCAAUUCCAUCUUCUCUCGGCCCUACGAUCUUACACGGCACGAGCAUACGAUCCACACCGCCGGGAAGCAGAAGGUGCGCUGUCACAUCUGUAACGAGGACAAGACCUUCAGCCGAAACGAUGCUCUAACAAGACACAUGCGAGUGGUUCAUCCCGAAAUCGACUGGCCAGGCAAGCAACGCAGGAGGAGAGACUGA